UGAUUAACUUCGAUUUGCUCAGUCGCCGGUUGAACGUGGUCCACUGCAGUUUGAAAACCAAUCAAUAACUUUGGCCAUGCGAUCGCUUAGAAUGAUUUUGCUGCUGAUGUUUUUCCUGAGCACCGGCCUUGUCUACGGCCAAAACCCGGAUCCAGCCGUCCAGCUCGCUUGCACAAAAUUCAAACAAAUUGUUUUCGAGAAACGCGUGGCCAUCAGCUUUUUUUUUACCGAUGCACCGAUUACCUAUGAGACGGUUGAUUCUUGUCAUGGAUCACGACCUCUGAUUGUAGAUGGCACACCGGCAGAACCCAAGGAAUUCCCCCAUGCAGCUCGUCUUGGCCACCGGAACGCUAACAACGAAACCAAGUGGUUUUGUGGUGGAACCUUGAUAAGCAAUCGCUUGGUGCUCACAGCAGCCCACUGCUUCUACUCUGUGCAUGGAGAAGUAAAUGUGGUGCGUUUGGGUGAGCUGGAGUUUGACACGGAAGAGGACGAUGCUGAGCCGGAGGACUUCGGCGUGCUCAGCCUGAAGGCCCAUCCUGGAUACAAAAACCCUGCACUCUACAAUGACAUCGGAACGGUUAAACUUGAUCGGGAAGUCAAAUUCAACAGGUACAAGCAUCCUGCCUGUUUGCCCUUCGACGACGGAGAGAAGCACGAGUCAUUCAUCGCCAUCGGCUGGGGCCAGAAGAAGUUCGCCCAGAAGGAGUCCAAGAAGCUGCUGAAGGUUCAGCUACAAGGCUAUGGUGACAGGUGUGUAAGCACCACCGAUGCCAACGAUGAACUGCCCAAGGGCUACGAACCUAGAAGCCAACUGUGCAUAGGAUCAAAAGACGACAAGGACACCUGCAAUGGCGACUCUGGAGGUCCUGUCCUGGCCAACCACAAGGAUCUUCCUUGCAUGUAUCAUGUCAUGGGCAUCACGUCUGCCGGCAUUGGUUGCUCCACACCAGAUAUUCCAAGUCCCUACACGAGGGUGCACUACUUCCUCGACUGGAUUAAGGGGGAACUGGCCUAUCAGUCUUAAAGUGAAUAUGUUUUGGCAUUUCGCUUAGUGGUUUCCAUUUAGUCCCCAAUCUGGGUUCUCAGAAAGCCAUAAAUAUGCGAUUUGUUAAAUAAAAAUUGGGUUUCCACCAGGCUAAUAAAUUUGCAUGCAUUUGAGUUUGUUCUCCAAAACCUGUUUGAAAUUAAAAUCGAACUGAGCUUUUCAGGUUUGCAUUUCCACUGAAAUUGUUCACUUGCCGAUGAUUUCAAAGUCGUGACAAAUUAUUUAUAUUUUUUGUGAAUAAAGUUGAUUAUUAUUAUUAUUAAA